CGCCAGCAACCGCAAGCUGUUUGUCGCCGGCAGUGAUUCUCAAGAGUCAGGACAGAUCAGGGAUUCCCUGUGGCUCCCUUUCCAUCUGCCAGCUCCACCACAAUCACAACACACAGCCGCACAAGACAAUCCAGUAAGGGACAAUCUUGGUUCUGGAACCCACUGGUAGCCAUCCGUCCUCCUGGAUUUAUACGCGCACAGGGCAGCGCCCCAAAAGCCAAGCGAGAUAUAGCUCCCAGUUCCGCGGUUCCCGUUCCACUCGGCAUGGCUCCGCGGGCAUGGAUUGUGGGGGAGAAGGGCGAGGACCUCCAAGGGCCCAAGGAAUUCCUGCCCCUCUCCAAGCUUGAAGAUGUCGGUGUGUUGUAUUGGCAAUUGGACCCUAAGAAGUCUGAAAGCGAAGAAGAGCUUGCAAAAAUUCGCAAAGAAAGAGGAUACAGUUACAUGGAUCUUAUUGAGAUAUGUCCUGACAAACUGGAGAACUAUGAGGAGAAGGUGAAGAACUUCUUCACGGAGCACAUGCACGCUGACGAAGAGAUCCGCUACUGCUUGGAGGGCAGCGGGUACUUUGAUGUCCGUGACAAGGACGACAAGUGGAUUAGGAUUUGGAUCAAAGAAGGAGACAUGAUCAUCCUGCCAGCUGGAAUCUAUCAUCGGUUCACGCUCGACAGUGCCAACUAUGUGAAGCUGAUGAGGCUCUUCAUCGGGGAACCAGUCUGGACUGCGCUGAACCGGCCUCAGGAGGGCCACCCCGCGAGGCAAGAGUACGUCAAGAAUGUGAUGGGGAACACUGGAUUUGCUCUUGCAGCACACUGAAUCUGCUGUUACCAUGAAUAUACAAUUUACUGAACUCAUGUACAUCACAGUAUGAUCCUACAGUUGGAGCAGAAACCUUGCUUGCUGUAUUAUCAGAAUCAUGGAAGUACUGCAUGCCUGAAUUAAGCUGUGCACGUAAAAGAUACAAAAUGGCACCUAUGGAAACGUACGAUGCAGUAUUUUUCCUUGUAUCUGCUUGAUACAGCUACAUGUUGGUUGCAGCAGCAGCAAUGCUGUGGUAUAUGCAUCUGCCUUGUUGUGUAUGGUACUACUAAAUACUAGUGUCUGUCGUGGAAUGGAAAUCUCGUGCCAUUGAGAACUGUAAUGUA